UUUGAUGUUUCUUUAUAAGCAGACGUCAUUUUCACAUUUAAAAAGGAUAUUUUUUCUCUCUCUUUCUCUCUUUCUUUUUUCUUUCUCUCUUUGAUUCAUAUGACUAUCUUUGAAGUGCAAGAUAUUUCUUUACAAUUGCCUGAUGGAAGAUGGUUAUUUCAAAAUGUUUCCUUUAAACUAAAUGAAGGUGAUACACUGGUCAUGCGUGGUCCAAGUGGUGUUGGAAAAACAACCCUUUUGAAGUGUGUUGCUGAAUUGAUUCCAUACAAUCAUGGUUAUUGCACACUGAACGAUAAGAAAGUAAGUGAUUAUACAGUCCCUAUUUGGCGCUCUCGGGUGAUGUAUGUGCCUCAGCGACCUGCAGUUCAUCCUGGCACACCACUGGACUUCUUUGAUAUUGUCAAGAAAUUUGCAAGCCAUAAAAAUAGAGAAUUGGGUGAUCCUGUCAAGAUUGGGUCAGAAUGGCAGCUGUCAGAAAGUCAUUUCAGAGAGAAAUGGGGUAAUCUUUCAGGUGGAGAAACACAACGAUGUGCAUUAGCUAUUGCACUUGCAUUGAAUCCAGAUAUCUUAUUAUUAGAUGUUAGUAGAAAAGACGCUCAAGGGAAAGACAUGCGUCUGGAUCACACACGAUGCUGGCCAACAAGAUCGAGUGGGCACACAUACCCUUAACCUCACACGCUCACAUGAAUCUACACCGAAUGAUUCAGAAAGUGAUUCAACUACCAUUGACAUGCACUAGUUUAUUUUUUUCAACAUGUACAUACGCACAGUAAAUAAACCUUGAGGAAAUCCCUUUUGAACUUCUUCCUUGAUAACUUGUAGACCUGCUUGAGCAAAC